UGGUUGACAUCAGUUUGAGUAAUUCAACCGAAAGGAAAACUUUGCUUUGGAAGUGUUUCUUCUGAUUGAAAUUAUUUAAAAAUACACAGUUAUGUGGCGCCGACGUGCUAUGAACGUAUUGCGUGCCGGCACCAGGUCCAAAAUGCACGACCAUCUGGACCACGUGACCGGCUUGGAGAAGCGGGAACUCCUCGCACAUCUCGCUGGUGACUGCGACCCUUUCCGCAUGAUGGCUAUUAAAAAAGGUCCGGGUACUUGGGAGUGUCCGAAUCUCAUUCCUAGCGCGUUUAACAAGCGAAUUGUGGGUUGCGUGUGUCACCCGGAGACCAACCAUAUUGAGUAUAUGUGGCUGCACCUAGGAGAACCCAAGCGAUGCGGCUGCGGGUACUGGUUCGAGUUAUGUCCCGUUGCACCUCUGUAGAUAGUUACACUCAUAAACAUCCUAUCUUUGUCGAAUGUAUACAUUUCUGUUAAGCAUUUUGUUAAGUUUUUUUUUUCAGAAAACUGUGUCGUAUUAUUGUUUAGCUUGUAGUUGUGAGUUAAUGUUUGUUAAACUGUACAUUAAUGGUAAUAAAUCUUUAAGUCUAUCGAAUAAUAAAACUAUGGUUAAUAAUCUUUUAAUUACUUUUUGCUAGUGUUAUAUUUUAAAGCUCAGCAUACCGUAUUUUAUAAUCCAAUAGUAAAUUAUUUAGUAUUAUUUUAGAAAGGCGGAUUAACCCAUAGUAUUGUAAACAUAAAUAACAAUUACUAAGCAACGAAAAUAGCUUAUAGGAAAGCCCACUGAAUGCUGGUGUUACGCGUUGCGCGUCGCGUAUUGUCUGCAAGUAAGGUCGCAGAGAGUCCGUUCGCCGACCCACUUCCCGCGCGACCUUGAAGUUGGUCGCCACUCGGCUUAGCCUCGCUUAUUAUAUCCUUUUGCAAACAGAUUAUAAAUCAAAUUAUAUAAUUUGUUG